CAAGAAACUAUUCUCAGCGUGUUUGCUCUAGGAGUAGCAACAUGGGAGUCCCGUUAGCAGCGAGUGUGUUGUGUUUAGUCUUUCUCAGUGUGAGGGCUAACCCACUUAACUAUGAGCUGAAGGCAAUCGAACCAAUCAUCAGCGCUGUACCAAACAUUCCCACCCCUUUACUUAUCGCGCAGAACCAACCCCACGUUAUCACACUUCAUGCAAAUCCAAAUACAGUCAAGGUUCAUACCAAAAGGAAUGACAACUACGAAGAUUCAGAUGACAUUCCUUAUGAAGAUUUCUCAUCGAUAGAAUCUACUGGUUACGACCCUGAAUUGGAAAACACCGGCAAAUUUUUAGACACAACUGGUUUCAAACAUGUCAAAACUCAGACCAGUUUCAAUCUGGAAGGACCAAGACAAGUAGAGGAAAUUACAACAAGCAGUUUCCACAAGGAAACUGAACCUUAUGAUGUAAGUGACUUCCAAUACGAAAGUGCCCACGCACCAGAACAAGCCGCCCACGAGAGCCACCACGGACACGAGGAAGGCCAUACCGAAGUCCACUAUCACCAGCACAAACAUCUCCACAAGCACAAGCAUAAGCAAGAGCAUCUCCACAAACAUAAGAACGAACAUAAGCACGACCAUAGCCACAAGCAUGGACACAAACAUGGUCACAAACAUGGACAUGAACAUCAUCACAAACAUGGCCAUAAGCACGAACACAAGCAUGGUCACAAAAAUGAACACCAUCACAAACAUGGUCACGAACAUAAGCACGGACAUCACCACGGCCACAAACAUGAGCACAAACAUCACGAGGCUCACAAACAUGGACAUCAUCACGGUCACAAACACGAACACCACCAGGACCACAAGCACAGCCAUCAUCAUGGACACAAACAUGAUCAUCAUCACGGCCACCAUCAUCAUAACGAGCAUAAGCAUGACCAUCAUCAUCACAAUGAGCACAAGCAUCAUCAUGGACACAAACACGACCACAAACACAAGCAUGACAGCCACCACAAACAUCAUCAUGGCCAUCACUAAAAGUGGCAGAU